CUUCUCCACAGUAUAAAAACGCCGUUUAAUCGGCGAGACCAACACUCAAACAUAGGCGUAUUCAAUUUGGUCAAAAUAUUCAACCAUACAGUUGCAGCAACCAUAAAUCGACAUUUCUUGUUUGUCUUGUAACAUGUUAAACUGUUUGGUCGCCAUAAAUUUUAUCAUUUCUUUAUAGUAUACUAUAAAUAAAAGAAAACUUCCCACCUAAUAUUAUGAGCACAUUUAAAUUUCUCAACCACUUCCUCAAUUCGAAGUCCACAUAUAUUCACUAUCGUUUUUCGUGUCACAAAAAUCAUACCUUUAUUUCCUCUCAAUUUCGUGUCUUCUCUUCUUCUACAAGUAGCAUAAGCUAUAUGGAGCUGGUCAAGGAAGUUGCCAACAAGGGACCUGAAUCGCAGCAGAAUAUUGCCAUAAGAGCUGAUGAAAAGAGCUACAGUUACCUGCAGUUGAUAUCAUCUGCGAGGAGGAUUUCUAAUUUGUUAAGCAAGCUAGAUCUCAAAAGUGACAAAGGAGCAAGAGUAGGGAUUGUGGCCAAACCUUCUGCUGAGUUCGUUGCUGGAAUACUAGGGACCUGGCUUAGUGGAGGCUGUGCGGUCCCUCUUGCUCUGAGCUACCCUGAGGCUGAACUGCUACAUGUGAUGAACGACUCGGACAUCUCCAUAAUUUUGAGUACUGAAGACCACAAAGAACUUAUGAAUACAAUUGCAGCAAAAACUGGUGCUCAGUUAUCUCUCAUUCCUUCAAUUCCGGACGCGCAUUCAUCAAUAGAGCAUGACCAGUCAGAAGACACGGUUUCUGAUGGUCAACAAAAUCUGCUAGAAACCAAUUCCUAUGGUGAGAUAAUGGGAGAGAACCCCGCUUUUAUCUUGUACACCAGCGGUACAACAGGGAAACCAAAAGGAGUUGUCCACACACACAAUGGAGUCUUGGCACAGGUCCAAAUGUUAGCUAAUGCAUGGGAAUACACAUCCAAGGAUCAAUUUCUGCAUUGUCUACCACUCCAUCAUGUGCAUGGACUUUUCAAUGCUUUACUUGCCCCUCUUUAUGCAGGUUCCACGGUUGACUUCGUGCCAAAAUUCAGUGUGAGGGGAAUUUGGCAGAGAUGGCGUGAAUCAUAUCCUACAGAUGGGACUAAAAUAGAUAAUGCCAUUACAGUUUUUACUGGAGUUCCAACUAUGUAUGCACGAUUGAUACAAGGUUAUGAAGCAAUGGAUCCAGAACUAAAAGAAGCUUCUGCUUCAGCAGCGAGGCACUUGCGUCUUAUGAUGAGUGGCUCCUCUGCACUUCCUCUGCCCGUCAUGCAGCAGUGGGAAACCAUUACUGGACAUCGCUUGUUGGAACGUUAUGGCAUGACUGAGUUUGUGAUGGCAAUCUCUAAUCCCAUAAGCGGCAAGCGCAAAGGAGGUACUGUUGGCAAGCCAUUUCCGGGUGUGCAGGCCAAGAUUCUUUUGGAAGAUGAAAGUAGUAACGACGAAACUGGAGUUGGGGAGCUCUGCAUUAAGAGCCCAUCAUUGUUCAAAGAAUACUGGAAAUUACCUGAGGUAACCAAGCUGUCAUUUACUGAUGAUGGAUAUUUCAAGACUGGAGAUACUGUUACUGUUGACGAAGACGGAUAUUACAUCAUUUUGGGACGUACAAAUGCUGAUAUUAUGAAGGUUGGUGGAUACAAAUUGUCAGCAUUGGAAAUUGAAGCAGUUCUGUUAGAGCAUUCAACUAUAUCAGAAUGCUGUGUGUUAGGCUUGCCUGACAAAGAUUAUGGUGAAGUGGUAUGUACAAUAGUUGUGCCUGAAGCUGAAGUCAAAAGAAAACGAGACGAUGAGUUAAAGCCUGCACUAACCUUGCAAGAACUUUCUGAUUGGGCUAAGGAGAAACUUGCUCCCUACAAGAUACCAACUCGUCUAUAUCUGUGGGACUCGUUGCCUCGAAAUGCUAUGGGGAAGGUAAAUAAAAAAGAGCUGAAGAGAAAGCUGGUUGAAGAUCCCAAACAAGUUUAAGUUGGUCAGAAAGCAAGGAGAAGAUGGAAUAUCAGAAAGUACAAUAAUGCUCCAAGGUGUCAGAGGGGCUUUCUAUGUUUUUAACCACAAGUAAGGUCUUGAAGAUUAUCACAGCAGAUAGUGAUUGAAGUAUGUACUGCAGGAAAGUACUGAAGGGAUUUUUAUUUACCUCGGAGAGAAGUAAUUCCUCUGUAGGUUUCAUAUUGGAUUCUAGGAUAUUUAUAAGGAGAAAAGAAACUGUUUUUUACAUAGAAUUUAGAAAGCCUGUUAGAGUUAAUACAUGGAUAAUGUAGGUCAAGAUAGAUCCUUGAGCCCCAUGAAUUUACCAUGUAAAAUGGAAGAAUGGUGUCUUGUGGAUCUGAAUAAAAUGCAUAAUUUGAUUUCUUUAUUCAUUC